GUUAUUUAGAACAAUAACAUUUUCAAUAAUUCUAUGUCUAAAUUUUUAUACGGUGGAUUUUGUGUCGUUUUUAAUUUUAAACUUUUGUUCCUGUGUAUUAAACCGAGAAUCGUAAACAGUAAUAGAAUUAACUGAAAAUGUUAUUUUCUAAUUAAAUCGGUAAGUUUUUUGAUAUUUUUUCAAAGCCAUAAAAUUACUGAAAAUGCAAAACAGAAUGUUGAAUGUGUUUAGAAUCAACAUGAAAUAUGCUUAUUCACUUUGCUUCUACCACAUAAAUUAUUAACAGUUUUAAAUAUAAAAUAAUUACAGGAUUAAUGCAAAAUUCAAGGUAGUAUAUAUUCAUGAUUCAAGUUUUUCUUAAGGAUUAGGAAGAUAUUAACAAAGAUCAAGGAGGGCAAGGAAACCUUAUUAAACUUGAUUUCACGAUGAAUGACAAGCUCUCCAAUAAAAAGAAAAGAAAGGGAGAAAAUGAACUAGAUUGUGGUAAUGUUCCGGUCUUUCAGUCUCCCAAUGCUUGGAAAGCAAAAGAAGAAAUGAUGCUUUUGGAUGCCGUCGAACAUUACGGAUUUGGAAAUUGGGAGGAUAUAGCAGAAAGUGUAAAUGGAAAAACUGCUGAUGAAGUGGAGGAGCAUUAUAAUAAUAUGUAUAUCUUGGGAGCAAUUGGACAAGCAACUUGGUCUUGCCACACGAAACCUAACAUCCAAGAUCAUACAGUGUUAGAAACAGGAUUAUUAUCUCCAACUUCUCCAUCUUUGUCAAUACCAGAAGUUUCUUCUCAAGAACAGCAAGAAUUGGGUUAUAUGCCACAAAGAGAUGAUUUUGAAAGAGAAUACGAUAACGAGGCAGAAUCUCUAGUGUGCAAUUUAGAAAUAAGUAACGAAGACGAAGACGUGGACAUAGCUUUAAAAUUGGCACAAGUCGACAUGUAUACGAGAAGAGUGCGCGAACGUUUCAGGAGAAAGAGACUAUCGAGAAAUCACGGGCUAGUGAGCCUUUUUUUUAACACUUGUAACAAACAAAAGUCGACGACGUCGAAGAAGAAGCCGUCGAAAGACGAAAAAGAAUUUCAAGAUAAAACUAGAGUCUUCUGCCAGUUUCAGUCUGCAUCUGAACAGACACAAUUAUUUGAAAAUUUGCAAAAGGAAAAAGAAAGUAAAGUGAGAAUAAAAGAACUUAUGAAGUAUAGGAGAAAUGGCUUGACGAAAUUAGACGAAUGCGCAGAAUUCGAAACGGCCAGGUAUAAAAGAGAAAAGAAGAAAGAAAACAAAAAGAAAUCCAGUAACUGCGCCUCGAUUCACAGAAGGUCGAACGUGUCGAAAAAACAAGAAGACAAGAGCGGAAACGACAUCUCUUCCGAAGAGCAAGGAGAAAACGAGACCAAAGAAGAAUCCAAGGAAGUGGACGCGUCCACCCAACCCGGAUACAACCUUCUUUCGGAGCGCGAAAAAAAGCUGUGCUCGUCCCUAGGACUGAAGCCGUUGUAUUAUAUUUCCUUUAAAACCAUUUUAUUAAAAGAUUACCUGGACAGGAGGCAGGGAGGGACGGUCAAGACCAGAUAUCCGGCCGAACUGGACAAGACCCACCGACGGAAGAUCAUCAAUUUCAUGGUGAACUGCGGCUGGAUCACCGCCUGUUGACCCCGGUCUCUUUCUAGAUCGUCGCCUUUGCCGGCCGCCGGGAGGGCGGGUCCCGUCCCGGCCGCCCCUAUUUAAACCCGCCGGAUUUUCCGGUGGAAGAAAAAAAAAUGCGUGGGUUAGCGGUCCGCGCGCGGAGGGGGUGACGAAUGGAGAAAUUGUGUGGAUCGGCAAGCGGACGCUUCCGGCCCGCCUCGGGAGCUCGUGGUCCUCCCGAACGUUUCUUCCCCCUACCGCGGGAUUUGUUUUUUUCCUGUACACUCCAUCCCCGUUCGUCCCUCCGCGCCCGGGGUAUCGGAAGGCGGGAGGCCCGACCUUUCCGCAAUUUUUCCUUUUUUUUUCUAAUCGUCGACCGAAGAAUUUUUACCGACGAAAUAAAUAAAUUUUAUAAUCUCCGAUAACUUUUAUUUAUGUACGGAGGCCCGCCGCGGCCGUCGACCCGGACCGAUUAAUCGGCGUGUAUAAUUGUACAUAAGAGACGUGUACAGUUUUAUAUGGAAGUCAAUAAAAGAAA